AUCGCCGUAACCCAGAUCCACGAUCCACGAACGAUUGUAAGCCGUCACCCGGCGCCUUUCCGCGCAAACAGUGCUGACCUCCAUUGCGUAAACUUCGAGUUCCAACGAUUUUCCAUUUUUACCAUGAAAUUUGUCGUAUUAGAAGAAGCGGGCAUUGUGCGACGUGAAAACACGCCGGGGAGGGCGCAUGCGAAGUUGAAGCGACGAGACUAUCGAGAUAAAUGCAAACACACGAAUUACUUUACUCGUUCGAGCGUGGCGUUAUAAAAACUUUAAUUUCACCGUGCUUUUUUCGGUCGAAUGUACGAGGAAUUUAUUCUUCGUGAAUAUGUGCUUGCAAGUGAUAUUUAUACAUAUAUAUGUGGGUGUAGAAUUUUACUUAUAUCGACGCAUACAUCGAUGUGCCUAAGUUUAUAUACAGAGAGCAUUUGGAUGUAAGGUGAAUCAUUGAGUUGAAGAAAGGCAGACUUUCUCGUCGGUUAACUUUCACCAUCGAUGGCGCGAAUAGUCCGGAGGCCUUUGAAUACUCGUAGUAAUUUCAAUUGAACAAUCCUGUUUCCUCGCUCCUCCUAUUUCCGUUACUUAUCUCAAUCCGAGCAUUUUUUUUCUGUGCCCGUCCGGCGGAGCCAGCAAUUUGACAUUUGAUCGAGUCUCAAUGACAGUGAUUGAAAUAAGAACAAUCAUCUACUCGUAAUAAUGCACAUUUUGGUUCAUCGUCAACAUUUUAAUCGACGGCAUCUUAGGACAGUGUUAUUUCCCAGGAAUAUGUAUCGCACUCAAUUUAUUCUCGAUUGCUGUUUCCCACGAUGGUGAUUACCCCCAGCAUCACAGUCAACGGUACAGUCCCAGGCUCCAUAAACCACAGUAUGCCAUGUCAGUGAGAAGGUGGACGGAAUCAUGGGACGGACCACCGAGACGAGGGCCUCUCUACCGGAGAGACGCUCAAGGAGCUGCGCAUUACGUCAAAGUCAUACCGGAAACAGAAAAGGUCGAUCCGUUGAUAGCGAUAAGCGAGACUCUUGGAGCCCUCAACACCGUGGGAAGUUACAUAGUAAAUAUGACCCGAGGAGUCGAGAAUUCUGAGAGCCCCUCGAAGGAACUGCCAUCGGCUAUUUACACCAUUUCGAAAAACAUCCUCGGACGCAACGUGACCGACAGCAUAGCACCGCUCGUGCGAGGCGUCGGAAUUCCUCUCCGACAAACGGCCAAUCGUACCGGACCGUUGGCCAGCUCGAGCACCGAAAAAACAGUCGAAACUCUCGUCAACAGGGACAAAGAAUCCACAAGCUCCUCGUGCACGACUGCCGAAGGUGGCCCAGGAAAGUGUCAGGACCUCAGAAAUUGCCCGCAAUUGCUACUCGAUCUCACCAAAUUGAGACAAUCUUUGUGUUUCAAAAGCCUCUUCGUUCCUGGGGUCUGCUGUCCUGUCGACAAAAACGACAUUUUCGGCUCCAGUCCUCCUUCGGCGACGACUCCCUCACCGAUUGAGAACUAUCCAACGAGGCCUCCGUAUCGGCCGACAAGUCCAGCGACUCCAAAACCGAUACCGCUUUUCCCUCUCGUGCCCUCGUCGACUUCGAGACCCUCAAUUCCGAUCGUUCCCAUCCCCGACCUCGUGAGCAAUUCGUCCAACAAUUUUGAGACUAUUGAGACGAUCGACAACAAUUUCAUUACUGACGACGAAGAAUGUGGUGUACGGAACUCCGGAAAGUAUCGCGUUGUUGGAGGCGAAGAAUCUCUUCCAGGUCGAUGGCCCUGGAUGGCAGCUAUUUUUCUUCAUGGUUCCCGACGCACGGAAUUCUGGUGCGGUGGCUCUUUGAUCGGGCCCAGACACAUCUUAACAGCCGCUCAUUGCACUCGCGAUCAGAGGCAACGACCAUUCGCAGCCAGACAAUUUACAGUUCGUCUCGGUGACAUAGAUCUCGAAAACGAUGACGAGCCAUCGUCGCCGGAGACAUACGCAGUCAAGGCAGUUCAUGCUCAUCAGAAGUUUUCACGGGUCGGUUUUUACAAUGACAUUGCGAUAUUGGAACUCAAUCGACCGGUUAGAAGAUCACCCUACGUUAUACCGAUUUGUUUGCCUCAAGCACGAUAUCGGAACGAACCUUUCGCUGGUGCUCGACCAACUGUUGUCGGGUGGGGCACUACUUAUUACGGUGGAAAAGAGAGCACCGUUCAACGUCAGGCAGUUUUACCCGUUUGGAGAAAUGAAGACUGCAACGCUGCGUAUUUCCAACCGAUAACAGGUAAUUUCUUAUGCGCCGGUUACAGUCAAGGUGGAAAAGACGCUUGUCAAGGUGAUUCGGGUGGACCAUUGAUGCUGCGAUCGGAAGGUAAAUGGAUGCAAAUCGGGAUCGUUUCUUUCGGCAAUAAAUGCGGCGAGCCUGGUUAUCCCGGUGUUUAUACACGUGUCACCGAGUACGUUGAUUGGAUAAAAUCCAAUUCCAAAUGAAAAGUCCUCGUAACUGUGAUCAUAAUGCGAUAAACCUCAGGGAAAGACUCGCCGGAAAGAAUGCGAAGAAAAUAGGCUGCAAAGAGCGAAAAAUACAGCACUUCAACAGUUCGAGUUAUCCUGCGUCACAGAGAGCCAAAAUAUGGUAUUGAAAUUGCACCGUAAACGCUGCAAAAAAGUCAUUCCGUUAUUGAAUUUCGAGCAGUGUGCCCCUUCGCCCGUUCAUCGCUAAUCUUGUGGGUCUAAAUGUUGCUACGAAAAUUUCGUUCCUGAAAGGAAUUAAAAAACUGUACAAAAAUAUUGCCCAAUAAUUAUAUAAUCAGGAAUUUCGAUGCCUUUCAACGAUGCAAACUCUAACAGAGUAUUGAAAGAGCUACAAAGAGGGGGAAACAAAAUCCGGCUCGUCAAAGUGCCAACGAACGCGUGAAAUCGAAGAAUUAUUUUAUGCUUUCUUUUUUUCAAGUUCUUUCUCCGUAUGCGGGAAACCCCACGGUUUCGUCAUUCGUCCCCAAUUCCCACGCAAUACUUAUUCAUAUGAAAUCCCAUUGCGAAAAUAUUCAUGGAAAUACAAACAGUGACACACGAUCUACAAGCGACGAAGGCAUAUCGAAUUGUAAAUAAUUCUCCGUUAGAAAAUCCUCUUUUUGGUUUCUGGAGUAAAUGACUGGAGUAAAUCAGUUCAUUUUCGUAAGUUCUCCGUAUAACAAGUGCAAAAAGAUAAAUCUUUUCAGUCAUUUAUAAUUUUGAUAUCAAUUAAUUUAUUGCGAUUCAAAUUAUUUAUCAGUUUUGCCGUUUUGCUCAAAAAUUACUUUUGGUUACUUGCGAAUUUGAAUGAAAAGAAUUAUUCAUUUUUUUUUAAAUAAAUGCGAACUCGUUUGCAAGAGAGCUCAACAUUAUUUACAAGUUUUUAAACUAGUUAUUUGUAUGAAUUUCACAGAAUAAUCACCCCCAAAAUUCAUUCGCUUUAUAAAAGUACCCGCUCACUGCUUUACUCUUCAUUUUUACGAAAAUGAUACAUUGUAAAUAUAAUUAAAGUUACGGUAUGAUUGCAACGAUGCAAUACUGCGACCAAGUAUAUUCAAUGAAUGAAUAAAUUAUUUAAAUUCGCUCGUAUAAUACAACGAGUAUGUACGUGCGAUAUAAAUUAUACGUCAUCGGCAAUUUUAAAUUUUCACGAUGAAAUAAACGUUUUAUACCAGAACAAGCAAA